AGGUAACGUUGAGCCAUUGCGUUGAGCACUACUCAGUAAAUUUAACAAAAUAUUACAUCUCGAAGUUUGCAUCAAUCCUAAUUUUGCGAAAUGGCAAAAAGGUUAAACGGCUUUGAAUAACAAUAUUUAUGGAUAAUUAAAGAUAACUAAUAUUUGUUAUGUUGUAAACAAAAAUGUGACUUUAUGAUGAAAUUUGAAUUAUACUUAGCAUUUUUUUCAAUUUUUUUGAAUCCAUGUCUCCUAUUAUUACAAGCAAAUAAGCAUUACACACUUCAGGAUGUAGAGAAUAUAGACUCCACCAAAUGUGAGGUUAUUUAUACCUAUUUGGAUGAUAAACUUAAUCAAAAAAUUGAUUGGGGAUCAAAAAUCAAAAGGCAGAAUAAAUCAGACUCUGAUCUUAAAGCCUGCUUUCUUAUCACGCGAGACGGAAACUUUCAACAUGACACCAUUUUCAGAAUUUUGAAUGAAAUCUCAAAUUCGGAAUCUUUUUUUUAUAUAAACGUGACUCAUAAGUUUCCAUUUGAACAUAAAAAUAAAAAACCAGUUAUUGUAUUAUCGCAACAACUUGUUAAACCACAAGAAAAAUCUUAUACCUUAAAUAAUAGUAACCUUAACGAUCAAGGCAAACACAGAAUAUCUAUUUUGGUCAGGAUAAAGAUACAGACGCCACAGCCUUACCACUUUUCUCGUGGUCUCUACGAAACAUUAAUAUUUGACAUCUUGAAAUCCAUGAUCAAUAUCUCGUCAUUAUUAUCUACUUCUACCUAUAUUAACAACCGCAUUUUAAAACGAUCGCUUAACGAUUUGAUUAAGGAUGAAUACGAUUACAACGCUUUAUUAUCCUCCGAUGAUUCGGCUUUAUACUCUGGUAACCAACAAAAUCUACGUAAUUUGGAUAUCCGGCAAGAAAAUUAUCAUCUUUUAGAUUCUUAUAACGUCAACGGUUCUCAGUCGGUGCCAUUUAAAAUCGACCGCAAAACACAAGUUUUACAUUCUGCUACUUUCUUUCAUAACGGAAAUAAUAGCAAUGUCAAUCAGAAUAACGCGAUCAAUGAAAUGAAUAAUAAUAAUGUACACAACGGUAGCUCUAAAAAUAUGAUGAAUUCGAUCGGUGCGUUUGUAGAGUCACAGCAGGGGAAAUCUAACUUAGGAGGCUUUCCACCUUCCCUUAGAAGGCCUUUAGAUCAGCACGAAGUGGCGGUGGGAAAGUAUUUUAGUUUUCCCAUUCCUUACGACACAUUUUACGAUUAUAUCGAUGGGAAUACACCUAACCUCAAACUAACCCUCUAUACUAUAGAUAAAAUUCCGCUUAAUGAAGAUGGCAGAUACAAUUGGAUCAAAUUAGACUCUAGAUUACCACCUCGAAUAUACGGUAUUCCUACCACUUCAGACUUGGGCCUGCACCAACUGAUGUUAGCGGCUUAUAAUAAGAGAGGGAUAUCCGUUUAUAAUGCUUUUACGGUUUUCGUUCAUAAUAGACCCAAAGGAUUUAGAUCUCUUUACGAUGAAGGUGUAAAUCAUAGAUUUUGGAUAUCUAUGGAUGCCCCUUCUGUCAAUUAUACUGAAUAUAGAAGCAGGCUGCUCGGGAAUAAGGGGAGAUAUGGGAACGCGACCAAUAGAGGAGGUUACGAUUUCAAAUCGGACUUAGACAGCCAGAUAAACUUUUUAUCCAAACUUUUGAAUUAUUAUUACUACGGUAAUAAUUCUAACAUUUUAAACGCUAAUCCAGUCAUCAACACCUCCCUUUCUCAAAACAUAUAUAUCGAUUCGAUAGAGAAGGGGUCGGUACGGGUUAAUUGGAUCAACGAUACCUUACUAACUCCCGAUAAAUUAUCCCUCGAAGCAUUUUCAGAUUACAUCAAGGAGAAAGGUUACAAUUAUAGUCGCUUACAGGGCUGUCCCUACGAUUCGAUCAAGAAAAUAGCAUCGAAAUUUGUUCGACUCGAAAAUAGUAAUAAUAAUAACGACGAUUUUCUAAACAAGUCGGCAAGAAAGUUUGCCAUCAAUCCCGAUUUUCAAAAGGCCAUGGGUCCAGACUACAAGGUCAAAAAGGCCGGCUACGAAUUGCUGCAUUCGUGUUACCCUUUUAAACCUGCUCCGCUUAAAAGCGUUAAGCAGGCGGGGAAUUCCCCAGUCGAAAGCGUUAGCUCUAAUCACGAAAGGAGUAUCUGGCUAACCACCAUCAUACCUGCCCUUGUUAUGGCUCUCCUCCUAUUACUGGCGGGACUUAUAGCCUGUUGUCUUUAUAGACGGACCCACAAACCUCGAUUCACUACGGAAGAUGACAAGGCAUUAUUUAGGAAAGGAAUUCCGGUCGUUAUAUAUCCGCAAGAGUUUCAGGAUAAUCCCAAUAACAUAGUAGUUAACCCCACGACCACGAACCUUAUUCAAUACGGUGGAAAUAUAGCUAACGCUGCUUCUCCUCCCCCAUUUCAUUCUGCCCAUUCCAAUCCAUACCAACCUCUUCUGCAACCCAAUCCUUUAACUCACAAUGUUACGAUUUUAAGUAAUAAACCAUCUGCCAAUAUACCUUCUUCCUCUAAACAAAUUAACUACAACAAUUAUUCAGCACUUAAUACUGAUUGAAAAAAAUUUCGUUCCAUUCACUUAUAAUUCAUUGUAUAUUUAAAAAAAUAUGUUUUGGUUUUAUAUUAUUCGUAUAUUUUUUUAAUUUUUUUUUAUUGUAAUAAUAGAUUUAAAAAAGUUUUAUCUGAUUUAUAAAACAUUUUGAUCAUUUGUAUUAUCAUUAUCAAUUUGCGUUUUGAUUUUUAGGUUGUUGAAAUAUAAACAAUUACAAAAAAUAUUACCAAAUAUCAUUAUUUGCGCAUUUUUUU